AUGGCCAGCAACAUCAUCGGCAACAGGAAUAGCACCCCGGAGGCGUCCAAGACCUCACUUCGCCCGCCCACCUCGAGGACCAUCGGCACAUCCGGCACUCAUAACCAACCCGUCCGUUCUUCUGCCGACAUGUCCUUCACGUCUCCUCUCUCGUCGCGCUCCAUCCGCCCCGCCUCCGAAGUCUUAUUCAACCAGCAGUCUCAGCAAGGCAGCAUGGACGAUUCGAGCAAGUUGGGGGAACAGUGGAUUCAAGAUAUUGAGCAAUACGAAACCAUGCUGGAAGAGAUGGCAGCGGCAACACUGGAUCAGGACUUCAAAGACGAGUUGAGCGCAAUAGAGCAGUGGUUUCGAGUCCUAAGCGAGGCUGAGCGUACGGCUGCCACUUAUGCCCUCAUCCAACAGACCACCCAGAUGCAGCAACGCUUCUUCGCCCAAGUUUUGAACCAGAUGUCCAAAAGCCAUCCCAUCUCCGGCGUCCUCUCGCCUGCAAAUUUCGGAGAAAAAGACGCCAUGUCCAGCCGUCUGAGCGAUGCCAUGUCCAAGUUGAAUGUCGACGACCGGAGGACGUCCCUGACCCGACCACCCGUCUCUCCAGCCGGUAACAAGCGCAAUUCCGGCUUGGAUCAGUCCACCAUACAUGCCAUGUUUCCGGAUGCUGUGGCUGCGAUUCAGCAGCAAAAGGCUGAAUACGCUCAACAAACCGGCAAUCCACCCCCAUCCAACAGAAACAGCACGGUCGUAGGCGAUCGCAGUUCCCUAGUGGCCCCGACUAUCGCGGCUCCGAGAGAGUCGAAAGCCGAUGCCAUGAGUUGGCGUCAGGGUGGUGGAGAGAUCCAGCAGCCUCCCAUAUCCCGACCCAAGUCCUCGUCGGGCCAGCAGGGGCCGCAUCAGCCAAUGGGUCAAUUUAGUCAACCUCCCUCAUCUGGGGCUCUCCGUUCUCCGCGUCCACUGGGAAGUUCCGGGGGCAAUAUCCAGAGCACCACGUUGACCGCCCCGGACCCGAUAUCGAGUGACAUGCCACUGCUGUCUCCUUACAAUGUCGGGAACCAGAGUUGGGCUUCCAUGACCAAUACGCCGAUGGUGCCAAACUUCAGCCAAGCUCAGUCCCACAGCGAAAUGGUAGCCAACGCAACCGCCAUGAAACUUGCCGCCCUGUCCACGGUCAACAACAGGAUCGCCCUGGACGAUGUCAAGAAAUUCCGCCGCGCCAGGUCCAACGAACCUCAGCCGGCGCCGCAACCCCCGCUCACCCCUGGAAUCACCGCCUCUGGCAUCCCCGGAAUUAACACUAUCAUGGUCAACGAUCAUGGCCAAGUCCUCACUGCUCAACAAGUGGCAGCCAUUCAAGCCCAGCAGAUUGCGGCAGCGCAAGGACGUCGAUCUCGACCUAACUCUCCUGGUCUUCCAUUGCAGACACCCCUCGGACAAACCGCCUUUGCUUCUCCUCAACACAACGGAUUUCUGGCUGCGUAUGAGGGGACCCCGAUCAUGAUCGGUGCAGGGAUGCCGGGGCUCGUUCCUCAGGCAGGUAUCUUCGGUAGUGGCGGCGAAGGGUAUCUGUCGGAUCACUCGGAGAUCAACCGGGGCAGGUCGCCCAGAGGGCGUCGUGGGAGCUCCAAACCUCCUGAGGACCCGACUGAUCCAAAUCUUUUGAAGGAUAUUCCGACCUGGCUUCGGUCAUUGAGACUACACAAAUACACCGACAACCUGAAGGACCUUAAAUGGGAGGAAUUAAUACAGCUCGAUGAUAAGGGGUUGGAAGCGCGUGGUGUGAACGCGUUGGGUGCGAGGAACAAGAUGCUCAAGGUGUUCGAGCAAGUCAGAGAAGCUCAAGCGGAAGGCAAACUGUAG